CCUGCUGCCAGCAGUGAGCUAGAGCCCUGGGCUACCUCCGGCCGCCUCUUUUCUCCCAGGUCCCGCUGCUACAGGAAGGAGAGCGGAGCCGCCUGUUUCUUCACCACCACCACCCCCUUCCUUAUGGCCAUGGCAGCCCCCGGCUUACCUGUGGAGUGUGGCUAUAUUCGAACCGUCUUGGGCCAGCAGAUCCUAGAGCAGCUGGACAGCUCCAGUCUGGCUCUGCCUUCAGAGGCCAGACUGAAACUGGCUGGAAGCAGUAGCCACACUGACCAGUCUGCUAAAACCCUCAGAAUCCAGGAGCAGGUCCAGCAGGCACUGGCCAGGAAAGGCAAGAGUUUCAUGGCGAACGGGAGCCUGCCUCGAACCAGAAGUGUUCCAGAGUAUGUCUACAACCUGAAUUUAGUUGAAAAUCAUCUCUCUCUAGGGUGUAACCCUGUUACCAAAACAUAUGACACUUUAAAGGAAGGGACAACAGCUACUUAUGAGAAUCACUUGGAAAGAGGAAGAGCACGAUAUAAUUCACAAAAGUCAAUGGAAGAAAGGUCUCAAAGGCAACCUCUGAGAAGACUUGAGAUAUCUCCUGGGAGUAGUCCUGACAGAGUGAAUUAUGCACAUAGUGACUACCAUUAUAUCCAGAAAAACCAGGCAGGACACAAUUUGAGGCUUCUUGAGAGCAGAAGAUCCACUGUCCUCAUGCCACCAAGAUAUGCUCGUUCAGAAAUUGUUGAAUUCAACCGUCGUGGUACAAUGGGCAGGCAACAUCAUUAUGAUACUUACCAUAGGCAAUACCAGUAUGGAUCUGUUAGUGACACAGCUUUCGAUAGCUUCCCUGCCAGCCCAGCAAUACUCACAUACCCCAGACCAGGAACCAGUCGAAGUAUGGGGAACCUCUUGGAGAAAGAGAACUAUCUGACUUCAGGGCUUGCUUCAGGACAAGUCAGACCACUAAUGUCUCUACAACAAGGCUGCCAGAAUAAGCAAUCUGCUCGUUCUACUUGGAAUCAGAGUUCUUUCCGUAGCACUCAAACUCUGAGAGAUGUUCUGCCUAGUGUCAGUGCAGGAACCAGUGGGAAACAAACACAUAUGACAAUUGGCCAGGCAGCAACAGCAGGAGGUGGUAAUUUACUAGCUGAAAGAGCUGCUUUCAGUGAUUCCCAAGUUGGCCAUGAAAAUGUAGAGAUGACUCUGGAGCAUGCAGUAAGCAUACUGGAUUCAGAUAGCACACUAACAUCUAGGAUUCAAGCUGCAGCUACCUUUAUCCAGCAUGAGUGUUUCCAGAAAUCAGAAGCCCGAAAAAGGGUUAAUCAUCUUCGGGGCAUACCGAAGCUUCUACAACUCCUAAAAAUACAAAAUGAGGAUAUACAGAGGGCAGCAUGUGGAGCCCUAAGAAAUUUGGCAUUUGAAGAUAAUAACAACAAGGUGGAAAUAGCUGAACUGAAUGGGGUUCCUCGAUUGCUCCAGGUCCUGAAGCAAACCAGAGACUUGGAGACUAAAAAGCAGAUCACAGGUUUGAUGUGGAAUUUGUCCUCUAAUGAUAAGCUCAAGAAUCUGAUGAUUACAGAAGCUUUACUAACCUUGACAGAUAUUGUCAUCAUCCCCUAUUCAGGAUGGUCUGAGGGUGACUAUCCCAAAGCAAAUGGCUUGCUUGAUUUUGAUAUAUUCUACAAUGUCACAGGAUGCUUAAGAAAUAUGAGUUCUGCUGGACCUGAUGGAAGAAAAGUGAUGAGAAGAUGUGAAGGACUGAUAGAUUCUCUUGUGCAUUAUGUUAGAGGAACCAUUGCAGAUUAUCAGCCAGAUGAUAAGGCUACUGAGAACUGUGUAUGCAUUCUUCAUAACCUUUCCUACCAACUGGAGGCAGAACUCCCAGAGAGAUAUUCACAGAGUAACUACAUUCAAAACAGGAAUAUCCAGACCACCAAUAACAAAAGUAUUGGGUGCUUUGGAAGUCGAAGCAAGAAAGUGAAAGAGCAAUACCAGGACAUCCCACUACCAGAGGAAAAGAGUAAUCCUAAAGGUGUGGAAUGGCUGUGGCACUCCAUUGUGAUAAGAAUGUAUCUCUUGAUAGCCAAAAGUAUAAGAAACUACACGCAAGAAGCAUCUUUGGAGCUCUUCCAGAAUCUCACAGCAGGAAGUGGGCCGAUGCCAUCUGCUGUAGCCCAGACUGUUGUCCAAAAGGAAAAUGGCCUUCAACAUACUAGAAAGAUGCUACAUGUGAGUGAUUUAAGUGUAAAAAAGACUGCAGUCUCUUUGCUGAGAAAUUUGUCUCGGAACUUGUCUCUGCAGAAUGAAAUUGCUAGGGAAACCUUGCCUGAUUUAGUUUCCAUCAUUCCUGACACAGUGCCAAACUCUGAUCUGCUCAUUGAGACUACAGCUUCUGCCUGUUACACCUUGAACAAUUUAAUCCAAAAUGGCCAGCAAAAUGCACAAGAUCUUUUGAACACUGGAGGCUUGCUGAAGAUUAUAGCUGUCAGCACGGGGGACAGCUAUGUCUCCAACAAAGCCAGUAAAGCUGCUUCUGUGCUACUUUAUUCCCUAUGGUCUCACACGGAUCUCCACAAUGCCUACAAGAAGGCUCAAUUUAAGAAGACAAAUUUUAUCAACAAUCAGACAAUCAAAGCUUACCAUUCUCUUAAAGACUAAGCCAGAACUACAUCUCAGCUUGUCCAUGUUUUUUUUAGUUUCUGCCUCACCACUGAUCAACUGCAUAAAGCCUCCAGAAGUAACAGGCUGAUUUUUAGGCUCAUCCCAGAAGACACCCCACCCCUCCCUAAAAGCCUGUCCUAUUACUUAGCUUUUCCUCUUUUAUUUGAAUCUUGUCCUGAAUUCCUAAGAAAGAAUUGGAAAAUAUAAUGCUGGGCUUCUGCCAGAACACUUUUGUAAGUUUACUUUUUGCCACUGUUGACAACUUCUAACACCACAGACCAUUUGGAUACAGGAGUAUUUUCCCCAGGCCUUCAUCACUGGACUGGCUACAAUCUCUUGACUUGUCCUUGUCCAUCUUGAGCCCAAGGCAAACCAACUCAACUUCAUCAUCCUCUUCUCUCAAGCCCUAUUACCCUGCCAGAUGCCAGCUUUGGAUUACUACAGACAUCUGCUGACUUCACUCAUACUCAUGUGCUGCUAAAAGAAGCUGAAGAAAAUCGCCAUAGCAAGCCUCAACUAGGCCAUUACUUCACCAAGGCAAUCUUAUUAUAGCUCCUUAGUUGAUUCAUUAUCAUAUUCAUUACCAUGGCGGUUCUUCCAGACAUUUUUAUCCCUUCUCAAACCUUCCAAGACUCCCUUUCUCCUCACCCACUCAGCUGAGAACUUUGCUUCACAUUUCACUUUAAUAAAGUGAAGCCAUUUGCAGAGAGCUUUCUCCUCUUCCCUCUACUCAUUUCAUACAAUUCAAAUGACUCCUGACAUUAUCUCCUUCACUCAUAUUUCUCAUGAAAAGAUGGUCCUUCUCCAAGGUACCUUUAUGUGCACAAGUGAUUCCAUUCCAUCCCAUCUUCUCCCCUUCCUGCCAUCAUAACUAUUCUCACUCAUCUCCAAUGACUCUCUGUCUACUGGCUGCUUUCCUACAAAUAUACCUAUGCCUUUCUGAUCCUUAAAAAUUCCACACUCAGGGGGCAGCUAGGUGGUGCAGUGGAUAAAGCACUGGCCCUGGAUUCAGGAGGACCUAAGUUCAAAUCCAGCCUCAGGCACUUGACACUUAACUAGCUGUUACCUUGGGCAAGUCACUUGACCCUCAUUACCCUGCAAAGAAAAAAAAGAGAAAAGAGAAAGAAAAUUCCACACUUGAUCCUUGUAACCAUCGUCCUAGAUCUCUUCUUGCUUUUGUGAACAAUGUCCUUGAGAAAGCCAUCCAGAAUUAGUGCCUUUAUUUUUCUUUACUCCCACCCUCUUAAUUCAUUGCUUCAUUAUUCAACUUCAUUAAUCAACCAAAACUUCUCUCUCCAAAAUUACUAAUGAUCUCUUAACUGCCAGAUCUAAAGGUCUUUUCCCAAUCCUCAUCCCUCUUGACCUUUCUGCAGACUUUGAGAAACGGCACUGUCACCACCCUCUCCUUGAUACACUCUUUUCUCUAGGUUUUCAUGACAGAAUUCCUUUCUUGUUCUUCCCCUGCCUGUCUAAAUGCUCUUUCUCUGUAUCUUUUGCUGAAUCUUCGUCCACUAACCAUCUAGGUGAGCCCUUUUCUCCCUCCAAACUGUUUCACUUGGUAACCUAAUCAGCUCCUGUGGAUCUAAUUAUCAUCUCUAUGCUGAUGAUUCUCAUAUCUUCUUAUCCAGCACUGAGCUCUUUCAUCUACAACUGCCUAUCAGACAUUUCAAACUGGCCAUACCAUAAAAACUUAAAUUCAACAUGUCCAAGACUGAACUCAUCUUUUCCUUAAAACCCUCUCUUCUUCCAAAGUUUCCUAUUACUGUAAAGAACACCAUGCUCCUAGGCUCACAUUCUCAUCUCAUUCUCACCAACCAUAUUCAAUCUUUUGUCAUCUUAUUGUUUCAACCUUCAUAACAUCUCUAUAAAAUUCCCCUUUCUGUCCUCUGACACUGUCACCACCCUAAUUUAGGCCUUCAUCACCUUGCACCUGGACGACUACAACAACCUGCUAGUUUUUUGGCCUGCCUGCCUCAAGUCUCUCCCUACUCCAAUCCAUCCUCCACUAAGCUAUCAAAUUGAUUUUCCUAAAAUGCACAGAUGUGUGUGUGUCUGUCUCUCCCUCUCCCUCCCCCCCCCC